ACAUAGAGCAGUCACAUUUUGAUAGGAACUGCCACAGUUACACCACUGUGACUCCUGGAGAAAAUGCUUAUUUUUAUAUUAGUCGGGACUCAUGCGGAUUCGACCUACGUGAUGUACCGCCUAAAGCGUUCGCGAUCCAGCCUGAAACGGAUAUUGGAUCAGAUGUAACACUGUUUGCUAAUGACGGUGACUGUACACGAGCCCCACGUAAACUGCAAAAGACGACGGACCGGUACAUUAGCAGCAGUGGAAAAAUGCACAUUCAUACUACAGGCAGGAAUACUCAGGAUUCUGUUUCACAAGGCUUUGGAGUACUGGCAUUUCCUGGUGAUGAGAGAAGGGAGAGGCAUAUGAAGGACGCCGCAUGUAAUGUUCACUUAAAUGACAAAAGUAUUCAAGUUAAAACAGAAGUUUCUGGUGAGCAAGAGCCACUACUACGAGACUGUGUGGUCAGAAAAUCUCUAAACGCGGCUGACAACAGUUUGAGAAUUAUCUUAACCCGGGAUGCUGACGGAGAUGACUGUCGGCUUCGAAUAAACGUAGCACCCGGAUUUCGCAUAAAUAUGAACGUUGAAUUCACUUCUCAGAAUCCAAACACGUAUAUGUUAUUGUUCGACGGCACUACCUGUCUCACUGAAGCUCACCUGCUCAGCGAGAAGCAUAAAGUGCACACUGGAAAGUCGGCGGGUGGUGAGAUCAAUAUACUUACAAAUGCUGCUUUCGUUAUCAAAUAUGGAGAAAUCAGCGCAUCCGAACCUACAACGAACCAUUUUGAACAGGAAGUAUGCACCAAUUCAGAUGAAGAGGAUGAAGAAGCAGAAAUCAACCAGGAAUCAACCGGAGGGUCGCCACGUGUCAAUGAGUUUUGCGUUCAUUCGUAUACGGCCCCUCGCGGCUUCAAAGCCGAACUUUCCUUUACGUCAAUGAAUGUUUUUGAGGGAUCGGGGGAUCUACAUAAUUUUUUGGACAUUACAGGAGGACCGUAUUGUGGAGUAGAAUCAAUUGAUCGGCUCGGUCAGUGGCCACACAAAAAAGUCGUCUCGCGUGGCCCGAAAUUAUGCGUGAUUCUGGUGACCGACUGCUGCCAUGGUGAACCCUGGAGUGUUACUGGUGUUUUCAAAUCUAGUUACUAUUCUAAUUUAAACGGAUUAACACAUAGAAUGAGUUUCGUUCACCAUUUUUGUUCUCAUGGCCAGAACAUGGAAUACGUGAAAACACUGGAAUUGUCCGUGAUCAGACCCCUAAUGCACGAGCGCUACUUAAAUCAUCUAGGUUCAUGCAUAAUACUACCUCAUAAAAAGGAACAUCCCUGUGCUGGGCCAAAAU